AUGUCCUCAACGCCAUGGAUCUUCAUCUGCGCCUCCAGCAGAGGCAUCGGCAAUGCCCUCACCCGCCACAUCUUGCGACGCACGGCUCGCUUACCCACGCCGAUCCCGGUUCUCGCAACUACGCGGCAUCCUGAUCUGGCAGUGGCCAAGGCGGCGCUUCUUAAAGAUCUGCUCAAUGACGAGUCUACCAUUGCGUCUGCCGCCCAAGAGGCCCAGAAUCUGUUCCCCAAAGACUCGCAUCACCUGCAUCUCGCCUGCGUGCUUCCGGGCGUGCUGCUCAACCCGGAGAAAUCGCCGGCGCAGGUCGACGCGGACGCAGCGUUGCAGUCGUUCCGGAUCAAUGCCGUCGGACAGCUGCUAGUGGCGAAGCAUUUCUUUGGGUUCCUGCCCAGGAAGGGGACUGCGAUGCCGCAGCCGGGAUACGAGUACGACGAGGACGUGGACGAAGAAGACGACGAUUAUGAAGGUGAAGAUGAGGACGAGGCGGAGGAAGAGGUGAUGCGUCUCCCUCAACACGCAACUUGGCUCAACAUGUCGGCGAGAGUGGGAUCCACGACGGAUAAUCGUGCGGGAGGCUGGUUCUCGUAUCGCGCCAGCAAGGCGGCUGUUAAUAGCAUCACCAAGAGCCUGGACAUACAGCUGCGAACCAGGGCGGGCGACAAUGCCAUGGCGGUGGCGUAUCAUCCCGGCACGGUCAAGACGGAGCUGAGCAAGGACUUCUGGAGUGGUGUUCCGAAGGAGAAGCUGUUCAGUACUGAGUAUGCGGCCGAGAGACUCAUGGAUGUAGUAUGUGGCUUGGGGGUGAACGACAGAGGGAGAUGUUGGGACUGGAAAGGGACAGAGAUUCCUCCUUGA